CCUUUGCGGACUGAGCAGGUCGGAUCCCAGGGCGGGUUCAGAUUUGGAGGACGAGGUUUGAGGCCAAGCCCCUGUCGCAGCCUGAGACUGCGGGCUUUUUGCCUCUGCAGGGGCGGGGUAGGGCGGAGACAGGGGCGGACUUGAGCCCCGCUCUCGAGUUCUCGCCUCUGAUUGAGCGGGCGGGUUUUGAGGCGGAUCUUGGGGCGGGGCCCGCUCCGCUUUUUGACAGCUGUCUCUUGCAUAGCUGCAGCAAACUCUGUGGGUUCGGGACCUGUGCCCUGGCUGUCCGCGCGUCCGCGUCCCCCGUGGCCCCGACCCCGGCCAUGAAGCGUAUCUUCUCCUGCUCCAGCUCACAGGUGGCGGUGGAGAGAUGGAGCCGUCGUGAUCAGAAGCUGCUGGAGGCAGUGCAGCGGGGGGACGUGGGGCGCGUGGCUGCCUUGGCCUCCAGGAAGUCAGCCCGACCCACCAAGCUAGACUCAAACGGCCAGUCCCCGUUUCAUCUGGCAGCCUCCAAAGGCCUGACAGAGUGUCUGACUAUACUGCUUGCAAACGGGGCUGACGUCAACAGCAAGAACGAGGAUGGAAGCACUGCCCUGCACUUGGCCACCAUCUCCUGCCAGCCACAGUGUGUCAAGGUGCUGCUUCAGCAUGGUGCUAAUGAAGAUGCUGUGGAUGCAGAAAACCGUAGUCCAUUGCACUGGGCAGCCUCCUCGGGCUGUGCCUCAAGUGUGCUCCUGCUGUGUGACCACGAAGCCUUCCUGGACGUGUUGGAUAAUGGUGGACGUACACCCCUGAUGAUCGCAUCGCUGGGUGGCCACGCCGCUAUCUGCUCACAGCUGCUGCACAGAGGAGCCCGAGUUAACGUUACAGACAAGGAUGACAAAUCGGCUUUGAUCCUGGCCUGUGAGAAAGGCAGUGCCGAGGUGGCUGAACUGCUCCUGAGCCACGGGGCAGACGCGGGGGCCGUGGACAGCAUGGGGCAUGACGCUUUGCACUAUGCUCUGCACACACAAGACAAGUCACUGUGGAGGCUGCUGCAGCAGGCCCUGAACCGGCGGCGGGGCGGUCAGGGGCUAGUCCAGCACCCACAUCUUGCAUCCCAGGCCUCUCCACUGAAGCCCCAGGCAGGUUCUUCCUGUAAGACCCCAUGGAGAGCAGAGCCUGAGGAGGAGCAAGAGGAAGAGGAGGAUGAAGACCCGUGCUCAGAGGAGUGGAGGUGGAAGUUUGAAGAGGAGAAGAGGAAAGUUUCUCAGUUGGAGCAGGAGCUGGUGCAAAAGAUAGAAGAGUGCAAGACUCAAGCUGCAGCCUAUCUGGGCCUUGAGAACCAGAUUCAAGAGCAGGCGCAGGAGCUAGGGCUCCUCCUGUCCCGGGAGCCCAGAGCUUCAGGAGGGCAAGGCUCUAGUCUCCGGCCUGGAGGUGAUGGCAUGGAGCAGGGUCAUCCUCUGGACCUGCUGGCUGAGCGUAUACAAGAGCUAAAGAAGCAACAGCAGGCAGCAGCCACAGUAAAUUCAGUAUUAGCUCCCAAGAAGGCUGAGGACUCAGCCCCAGGAGAGAUCCAAUACGAAGUCCAUGGAAGGUCCCAACCAGAACAGGAGCUACCCCAGAGCUCAGGGUCUGAGACCAUCAGGAAGGCCACAGGACAGCAAUUGACUACAGGUGUGGGACAGACCCUUGGCCCUGAUCAUGCCGACCAGAUGCCUGCUGGCCAGGAGAGGCCCCAGGUGCUAGGAGUUGAACCAGGAGACACAGUGGCUGAACCAGCGGGCCCAGCAGCCAUGAACCAGCUUGUGCUACAGCUAAGGGAGGAGCUUGCUGCGGUGUGGCGAGAAAAGGAUGCUGCCCGGGCAGCUUUAUCGAGACCAGUCAUGGAGGGAGCCCUGGGGACUUCCCGUGCUGAGGCCGCAGCAGCUGCCUGGGAGAAGAUGGAGGCCCGACUAGAGCAAGUGCUGGCGAGGCUGGACCGGGCAAAGGCAGGACUGCAGGUGAAGCCUGAGAUUCCUGCUCAGGAGUCCAGAGAGGGAGCACCAAAGGCAGCUGCAGGGAGCACCAAAAAGGGUGAAGAGGAGAAAAGCGUUCCUGGGGCUGGGGGAGAGCCUCUAGGGGCCCCUGGAAGGGAACAGGCCCUAGGAGGCCUGGCAAAGGGACAGCUGGAGAAGGAGGUGUCGGCACUGAGACUGAGCAACAGUAACUUACUGGAGGAGUUAGGGGAGUUGGAGCGGGAGCGGCAGAGGCUGCAGAGGGAGCUGCAGUCCCUGAACCAGCGGCUGCAGCGGGAGUUUGUGCCCAAGCCAGAGGCGCAGGACCAGCUGCAGCAGUUGCAGCAGAGUGUGGGGCUACUGACAGAUGAACUGGCCGUGGAGAAGGAGGCCACAGAGGAGCUGCGGAGGCGCCUGGCCUCCCAGAGCAGCAGCCUCCGAGGGCUGUGGGACUGCCUGCCCGCAGACCUAGCGGGCAAGAGGAGCGCACGGAGCGAAGCAGCGGAGCCCCCGGAGGAGCUGCGGGCCUGCAUCAGCACCCUGGCGGACCAGCACCGGGAGGCCCAGCAGGUGCUGGCCCGGCUGCGAGAGGAAAACCUGCAGUUGCGGGGGUCCCUGUCCCCACGUGGGGAACCAGGCACCUCCUUCAAGGUGGCGGCAUCCCCGCAAGUGGCUGCUCUGGAGCAAGACCUGGGGAAGCUGGAGGAAGAGCUGCGGGCGGUUCAGGCCACGAUGAGCGGGAAGAGCCAGGAGAUCGGAAAGCUCAAGCAGCUGCUCUACCAAGCCACGGAGGAGGUGGCGGAGCUGCGGGCCCGGGAGGCGGCCAGCCUGCGGCAACACGAGAAAACGCGGGGCUCGCUGGUGGCCCAGGCCCAGGCUUGGGGCCGGGAGCUCAAGGCUCUGCUGGAAAAGUAUAACGCGGCCUGCCGGGAAGUGGGUCGGCUGCGGGAGGCGGUGGCCGAGGAGCGGCGCCGCAGCGGGGACCUGGCAGCUCGGGCAGCGGAGCAAGAGCGCCAGGCCAGCGAGAUGCGGGGGCGCUCGGAGCAGUUUGAGAAAACGGCGGAGCUGCUGAAGGAGAAGAUGGAGCGUCUCACUGGGGCUUGCCGGGACAAGGAGGCCAAGAUCAAGGAGUUGCUGAAGAAGCUGGAGCAGCUUUCAGAAGAGGUUCUAGCAAUUCGGGGAGAAAAUGCUCGCCUUGCCCUGCAGCUGCAGGAUUCCCAGAAGAACCAUGAAGAGAUCAUCUCCACCUAUAGGAGUCACCUACUGAACGCUGCUCGGGGCUGCAUGGAACAGAAUGUGUACAAUAUCCUGCUGGGAAUCCUUAGCAUGCAAGAGGAGUGAGGCAGUCUCACCGUGAGCCCUCAGGGUUACACGAUUCUCUGUUGGAAUAAGAAUGCCUGGUUGACAGAGGCUCCCUCAGGCUGUGGUGGUGGUGGUGGGGUGUUGGCCAUUGGAGAGUGGUAAGGGCAGGGCUUCACCUGACAUUACGGACCUCAGACCUGAGAACCUGGACCUUGGAAUCAGCACGGAUGAGACCAGAGGAGGUGUGGAUGGAAACAGGCUCUAUGGAAAAUAAAGCAUGAGGCAGGA